UGUAACAGCAGCAGCACCAGUUUCACUUGCUAAUUCAAACAGGAACACUGCUGCUCAAAAUGGUUAAAUUCAGGAGCGUGUCAAUUGUGGCCAAAUUUCUGAUUUUGCAGGUGCUUGUAUCGUUGCCCCUAAGAAGUGAACAGAAGCCAUUAACGUGCCUAGAAGAAUGGAAGGCGGAAUUUCAGACUAACAUAGCCACUAUUGGCAGGGAAUGGGGAAACGAAUUUGUUCAUUAUAUAAACGCUUUCCUACAAAAUCUACUUCAAGAAUUGAAUGAUUCAUCUACGAAAGGCGAAGGUGGGCCAAGUGAUGGACUGGAGGAAAUAGGAAAGAGUGAUUCGAAUUUCCUUGAUCUAUCGACUAAGGAACUGGAUAAAGUCAUCAGUUUAGUUAAAAAUUUAUUCGACGCACUCUUUGGCACACCUAAUCGUGAUGAUCAGCAGAGUGAUCAAAGCCCAAUGGAAGAUUUAUUAGACGACGAAGAUAUAAGUGAGCUAAUUAGUCCACUCGUCCGUGACUUAGAAAGCUCUUUAUUCGAUUUUCAAACCACACCUAAUCGUGAUGAUCAGCAGAGUGAUCAGAGCUCAAUGGAAUUUUUUUUAGAUUAAGAAGAUAUAAGUGAGCUAAUUAGUCUACUCGUCCGCGACUUAGGUGGCUCUUUAUUCGAUUUUCAAACGUUGUUCUAAUGAAGAGUAAAGACAUAUAUGGGUUCAUUAAAUUGAGUGGUAUGAAGAUUAUAAAACAUUGGAAAACAAGGCUUAAAGGUUCAGAUGAAUCCUUAUAUAAAAAAAUAAAGAAUUUAUGAUUGAACACAAAAA